UCUAAUCAGCGGUAAAAAGUUAAAAAAAAUUACAUAGAUCAAUAAAACCGAAGAAUGGAACGACGGCAACAGAACCCAAUCAGUAACGACAGAAGAGGGCGGUUGUGGCGAUCGAUGUCGACGGCGGGAUCAGCCUCCGCCGGCAGUGGCACAAGAGAGGCUCCGGCAAAGGCUAUGGUGACGGAGCAGAUAUCUCAGGCGGUUCAAUCCUCCGCCAACCUCCUCCACCUGAUGCAGAACUCUUCUCCGGCUCAGGCCAAACUCACUAAGCUUCAGAACCUUAUGGCAAAGGUUUCUACUAUGAAGAAUACAGAGCAGAUUUUAGAGCAACUUCCUCGGGUGAUAUCAUCUUUGGAUGCAUAUAUGGAUAAUGGACUGCAAAACAUGGCACAUUUGAAGACUGUGGUUCAGUUAAUGGAAAACAUGCAAAGCAGCCAGAACUUGAACAACGAAGCCAAACUGAAGGGCCAGGUUAAGGGAAAUCUUUUUUCUUUGGAGUUUCACCUUUGGUUGAAGGUUAUUCAAGUGGAGAAAUAUGUGAGCACUAGAGAUAAUGUAGCAUAA